UCUCUGUUUGUGUUUGAACUGCAUGUUCGGAAUCUCACUGUGACGUCACUGUGAUCGAAUGUUCGCGUUCUGUAGCGAGUCGGAGAGUGAUCUGUUUCACAGACAUAGAUUGAGAAAAGUAUUGUUUGUCUUUCAUCAUUGAAUUCAAAAUCAACAUGAGUGUGUCAUCCAUUCCCACCAUGUCGUCGUCUGAAUUCUCGGAUGAGCUCGCCACGGCUCUCGCUGAGGGACGCUGGUGGGCCAUAAUGGAGGUUUCAGACCCCAUAUCUGCGGAGAAUGAGAAUGUUUCCCCCACGGCCAGUGGGGGGAAACAGUGGAGGCUGGGGGAACUUCAUGCCCCACAUCCCUGCUUAGUGGUGCAUCUGAGAAGGCUUGGAGAAAAUCCAAACAAUCUGGCUUCACAGAUGAAUCCAUUAAGUCUACAAAGCAGUGGAGGCAGAAGGCAAUGCCUGAGAAGGGAGACUCCACCUCAUCCCCGGUGUUCAUUGGUGCACCUGAGAAGAUCCCAAACUCAGAUGAAACACUGAAGCCUACGAAGAAGAAGAAAAAAAAGAAGAAAUCAAAAAAGCCACAGGGGGCACCUGUAUCUGAGACGACUGAGGGGAGAAAACCCGCCUCAUUUCCGGUCUUCGGUGAUGGAUCGGAGUCACCGCAGUGGAGGCAGAAGCCACAAAAAGCACCUGACGGGUCCUCACAGGGUGCAAGUGUGCUCGACAGGUCCCAAAAGAACUCAAAAAAAGGGGACCUCACCUCAUCCAGUGAUGCAUCUGAGAAGCCUGAGUUUAUCUCAGUUGCAUCACUGAAUGCCAGAGACAAGAGGAGACAGUUUAGGAAGAAAAAGCAAAAAGCAGCUCCUGUGCCUGUUGAAUCCCCAGAGGAACCAGCUGUUCCCAUCGGGUCUCAACAAAGAGGUAAACUCAAGAUCCCUGAUCAUCUAGUUAGGCAUCUACAAAAGGCCUCUUCUGAUCUGGGAGCACCUUUGGCUGCUGGAUCCCAACAGGCGCAAGAAACUCCUACGUCUCUACAGGGAGCACCUGUGGCACCAAAUGGAGCCCCGAAGAGGCCAAAACUGAAAAUCCCUGAGCCGUUGAGACGGGAGCUGCUCAAGCAGAAGCCUCUAGCCUCUUCGGUUCAGGGAUCGUCUAAUCCUGCAAAGUCCAAACAGGACAGGACUCCAGUGGGAGCAGCUGGGACCCGACAAGGAGCAGAAGUGUCCGCGGAGUCUCCGAAGGGUGCAGCAGCGUCUUCCGCUCAGGGUGGACCCAUGCCCUGCAGGAUCACAAAAGUUGCACAUGUGCUUUCUGGGACCCCACAUGGAGCACAUGUGCCCGAAGGUUCCCCACAACAGGAAGAAAACUUCAAGUUCCCAAUGCAGUGUAGGGAACAGAAGAUCCCACAGAGAACACCGACUUCUGGCGAUGCAGGUGUGGACCGGACACCUCCACAAAAACUAUAUGAGCAAAUUUACAACAAGGUGCAGCUGAAGCUUAAACUGAGGAGCCAAAAUCAUCAGCUGCACCAGAGAACCUGUUCCCAUCUGAACCGGAAAAGAGCUCUGGACAGUGCAGGAGUGGAUCAGUCUCCUCCACCAAAAAAGCUGCGUUUGGACCAACAGUCGGAAUCAGAGCAGAUUGAUGAUUUAUGUCGCAUGUUCGCCAAAUUUCUUGUGAUUUCACAUAUUUAAUAUUUAUACUGUUUACAUGCUUUAUAUGAAUGCAUGUAUAAUAAAAGCAUAUAAUAUAAA